GCCCUUACCUGCCGCACGAGACGCCGCUCUGCCGGGCACUUCUCGCCUUGGUAACCUCCUGCCCUUCCCGCCUCGUCGCCGCCUGUCCAGGGCGGAGUGGGGCAGGGCCGCGGGACACGUGUUUUCUGCCCCGCGGAAACAAAAGGUAAACAACCAUUGAACAACAAAGGGUUUUCUUGGACUGGGCCCAGAUCCGUGUCACCUGUACGCCUGCAAAUGGCCGUGUGAAGUGACGUGUGCUAUGCUGCCGUGAGGGCGUGGGGCGGGGCGGGAGGCAGUAUGAGCGGGCGCACCCGUCAGCAGUACGGCAGGAGCGCCACCACCUCGUACACCAGCAUCCUUCACGACUCGGGCGGCGACAUUCUCAACCGCUGCUCCAACCUCUUCAGCAAGUUCGCCUCCCGCGUCCGGGCCGCCUCCCAGGCUGGGGACGACCGCGCGCCCCCGCACCGCUCCACCGCCGCCUCCUCCUCCGCCGCCGUCAACUCCACCGCCGCCACGUACUCCACCGCCAGCUCCACCACCGACCCGAUGUUGCUCAAGUACAGUCGCUACGACGACACGCCGCGCUACAACGACUACAAGUCCGCGUCGCUGUACGGCGACGUGAAGGCCAAGACGUCGCGCUAUGAACCCAGCUCGCCGCACCUCCGCAGCGGCACCUCCUCGGGGGCGACGCCGAGGUAUGGCUCCGGCAUGGGUUCGGGCGCCAGGAGUGGCCACGCCCUCGCCCCGUCUGCCUCCUUUUCCUCCUUCUCCACCUUCAAGAGUGACUACGGCAGCUCAGACUACGACAGGAGCGACCUGACGCCGCGCAAGAGGUAUGGCAGCGGGGGCGUGCGGCCCACCUAUGGCCGCACGACCUCGGACUCCCUGUCCUCAGACUACGGCCUGGGCAGCGCGUACCUCUCCCUCUCGGCGCCGUCGCCCAACUAUGACAAGAUCGGGUCACGCUACAAGCCCAGCCGCUUCCUGAAGAAGAGCACCCUCGGGUCGGACCGCUGCGUGGAGGAGGACGAGGCCUCUGACGAGCUGAGUGUGCUGAGGAAGAAUGACUGCGCCAAGAAGACCGACUACUGGUCGCAGUACGCCUCGGGGUCCCCCAACGUGAUGGAGCGCUGCUUCGAGGCCGACAGCAGCAGGAGGGUGGGCGUCGGGAGCAACCUCAGCCCGCAGCUGCGGCGGCGGCACGGAGACAACUCCCUGAUCAGCGCCUCGGGCCGGCAGCGUCCUUCGCGGCCCGUGACUGUGCCCGAGGCCUCCGAGGGGCGGGAGAGCACCAGCUCCAUCAUCAAGCGGUACUCUGGGUUGUCCACCGCCACGCUGGACACGGACACGGGCAGCACCACCUCCUCCGCCACGCCCGACAGCAUCGCCGACGAGUCGCAGCGCCGGAAGGAGCGGGCGCAGCUCAUCAACAUGUACUCGCUGCCGCUCAACGUUCUGCAGAACCUCGGCUCGAACAACUCGUCCAGGAAGUUCCUGAAGCGCGGCGGCGAGUCGUCGGGGACCGGCGAGCACAAGCUGCGCUACGACCAGGUGAAGGAGAUGGCCGCCAAGGUGACGGCCUUCAGCGCCUUCCAGGACGACGAGGGCAGCCAGGGCCCGCCGCGCAAGGUGUACGGCAGCGCCUCCGCCGGGGACGUGCUGUCGGCCAUCGCCAAGGCCUCGGCCAAGACCUCGGACACGCUGUCGCAGCACAGCACGCCGGACUCCGAGAAGUACGUGCUGUACGACCCGCCCAUCGUGUUCGCCAAGGCCACCACGCGGGAGCGGCCCGGCGGCGGCCCCUCCACCACCUCCACCGCCACCUACACCGCCGCCACUACCAACAGCAUCAGGCCCACCAAGCCCUCCUCCCUCGCCCUCACCCGCACCUAUAACACGGAACUCUUCCGCUCCCCCUCCGAGGAGCGCCGCUACCACCACCCCCUCCUGGAGACCAGCAAGUCCUACCAUACCGUCGUGGACUACGGCGGCGGCCACUAUGGCCUGCACACGCCGCCCACGCCGCCCACGCCCACCAUCAAGGUGUCCAGCAGCUACCUGGAGCCCGAGCACGAGUACACCUUCACCACCUUCAAGCCUCGCCUCGCCCUCGCCUCCAAGUACGACACCGACGCCCCCAGGACCUCCUCCUCCACCACCACCGCCACGACGACCACCACCACCACCUCCACUUCUAAUAACACCAGCAACAACACCACCACCAGCUCGCUGGACGCCAAGGCUGCCAACGCCAAGUCCAACACAACCCAGCAGCAGAACACCUCCACCGCCACCCCCACCAACAACGGCGUGCUGAGCGACCCCACCAUCGGCUACGUGCCCGCCGUGAGCCCCGCGUCGCCCCUGGAGCACACCCUCAGCGCCUCCGUCUCCGUCAAGCCCAAGACCAGCGUCGCCAGCUCCGCCAAUCCCCGCUCGAAGCACAAGGACCUGCUGGACACCUCCUACGCGCUCGCCAAGUACCGCGCGCAGCUGGACGUAGAGGACGACCUUCACCACGACCUCCACAACAACGGCCCCCACUCCAAGACCACCAACUCGUCCCUCUCCGCCUCGGCCUCCACCUCCUCGCUGCUGGGGUCCUCCGUGGUGCCGCCGCCGCCGCCCCCGAAGAAGUCCACCGUGCUAGACCUCCUCGGCAUCCACGACUACGGCGGGAAGACCAAGCACCACUACUCCUUCUGCAGUACAAGUAGCAGUUCACGGGCACCCUCAGUCGAAGAUGACGAAGAAGGACACCUGAUAUACCGCAGUGGCGACGUGCUGCAAGAUAGAUACAAGAUCAUUUCCACGCUGGGCGAGGGAACGUUCGGCAAGGUGGUCAAGUGUCGGGACCUGCAGAAUGAUCGGUUCAUAGCGCUCAAGAUCAUCAAGAAUGUGGAGAAGUACAGAGAAGCCGCCAAGCUGGAGAUCAAUGUCCUGGAGAAGCUGGCGGAGAAAGACCCAUACAACAAACACCUGUGUGUCCGAAUGCUCAGCUGGUUCGACUAUCAUGGCCACGUGUGCAUCGCCUUUGACAUGCUUGGCCUCAGUGUGUUCGACUUCCUGAAGGACAACAACUACCGUCCGUACUCCCUCGAUCAGGUCCGACACAUCGCCUACCAGCUGUGUUAUGCCGUCAAGUUCCUCCAUGACAACAAACUCACUCACACCGAUCUCAAGCCGGAGAACAUCCUCUUCACUGACUCCGACUACACCUUGACCUACGAUCCCAAGAAGAAGCGAGACAUCAGGACAGUGAAGAAAACAGACAUCCAGCUGAUUGACUUCGGCAGCGCCACCUUCGACCAUGAGCACCACAGUACCAUCGUUUCCACCAGACACUACAGAGCGCCGGAGGUCAUCCUAGAGCUGGGUUGGUCGCAGCCGUGUGAUGUCUGGUCCAUUGGGUGCAUCAUGUUUGAGCUGUACCUGGGCAUCACACUCUUCCAGACGCACGACAACCGGGAACACCUGGCCAUGAUGGAGAGGAUCCUGGGGCCCAUUCCUUACAGGAUGGGGAGGAAGACUCGGACCAAAUACUUCUACCUUGGCAAGCUGGAGUGGGACGAGAAGAGCUCAGCCGGAAGAUACGUCCAGGCUAACUGCAAGUACUUAAGGAGUUACCAGCUCAGCUCAAGUGAAGACCACAGGCUACUGUUUGACCUGAUCAGCAAGAUGUUGGAGUAUGAGCCGUCCCAAAGGAUAUGUCUUGCUGAAGCACUAAGACAUCCUUUUUUCGACAAAAUUGUUCCCCACCAGCGGUUAGGGGACAGCGCCGUUGGUGACCGGGAGCGUUCCCACUCCCUCUCACGGUGAUGCCAGAUGCUCCAGGGCGUGUACAGCACUGCCGCCUGACUGGCACUCCCUCUCAUGCCCUCCCGGCCUCCCCCAUGUGGCACCGCAGCCACUGGACUCUACAACAGCCCAAGUAUUACCUAGUUUCUCAAGAAGACAGUCGUCUGCACAGACACCAGUGCUCGGAAAAGCAAUGCAAGAAUCUCAUUAUGUACGUGCAUACAUGUAGAGACACAGCACGCUGACGUCUGAACUGUGUAUCUGGGACGAAACGCUCUCGCAAGGAUGAGCUUCAAAAUGUCUCAUGAGGCUACGAGGAGUAUUUUGGUGAUUUGUUCCUGUUGUCCCACGCGUCGCCAAGUUAAUGAGGUUCUCAUCUGUUAUGGUUUUGGAUCCGAUUGACAGAAAACUAUGUGGGAGGGAGGCAAAUUAGAUUAAGAUAGCUACUUUACAUAUAACUAUGAUGUCUUUGUUUAUUAAGUUGUAAUUAUCUGUGAGAUAUCAGUUGGUAUAUUUUAAGGUUAUGUUUUAACGAGGCGAAGCAGCAGUGAGGAAACACGAGUGAAUGGCCGGCGAGGUAAUGAGCAGCGGGAGCGCCGAGCGCCGCCGCCGGCGUGUCUGUCGGGCCGGCAGCUCAGCAAGAUGUAUAUUUAUUUCUGCUGAGCCUCAGAGGCAAGGAACUUCUACAGGCAUUACCACCGGGCGUCCACAGGCUGGUCUGGAGUCCUCGAAGGAAAGAAGUUACCACUGCACAAAAGUCUCAGCUUACCCGGGGAAAGGAACGCUCCACCACCACUACUUAACAGCACGGAGAGGCUCUGCACCUCCUCCCUCCAGCUCUUCCUUCUUCAGGCCUUCCAAGCAGGCACGCCUCACUAGCUCCAGCAUCAAACAGACACCCAAAGGCCCCCCAUCGCAUGGGGCUGCGCCUCCGGCAACAGUCUUUGUGGUGCCAGACUGGGCGGCCGACUAGUGGCUGCCUCCAUUUUAAUAUAAGGUGUUGAAUCAGUGUUGCGGCAAACUGAAGGGUUGUGUUGAGUUGCCGGAGGUGUUCCCCCUGCAGGCGGGUGGCUCUUGGUAAAAAUUUUCAUCAUACUUUGAUUAUUGUUUUACAAAAUAAAAAUAAACAUACAUAUAUCUAUAUUUGCAAAUAAUAUUCUGUGAGGAUGCUGCUGAGAGGCAGUGGUCGCCCACAGGGAAUUCCACAACAGGAAACCUUCCUCAGUAUAUUUAUACUGUAUAGGUAUUGUAUAGUGAAAUACAUAUUUGAGAGUCUUCAGCCAAAAGAUUUUUUUUUCUUAGUGUGCAUUUAUUUUUCCCAAGAAGGAAAACACAAUGAAUCGAAAAUACAUUGAGAUAUACAUCGUGUUGGUGUAGAUACGGUUGCUUUAUAUAAAAGUGAAAUAGACUGAGGGCAUUUUCCUUCUUUGACAACCCAAAGAGAUUCUUGCCUUUAGAAAAAAAAAAAUUACCAUCGCCAAGGACAUAAAACUUGUUCCUCAAUAAAUAUUUUCUUUUAUAA